CUACGGCCGCUGAGGCCCCGCACGUGGCGCAGGCGCAGUGCCCGCGAUUCGCCAUGCCGACUGUCAGCGUGAAGCGAGACCUGCUCUUCCAAGCCCUGGGCCGGAGCUACACUGAUGAAGAAUUUGACGAACUAUGUUUUGAAUUUGGCCUGGAACUUGAUGAAAUUACCUCUGAGAAGCAAAUCAUAAGUAAGGAGCAAGGUAAUGUAAAGGCACAGGGGGCCUCAGAUGUUGUACUUUACAAGGUUGACGUCCCUGCCAACAGAUACGAUCUCCUGUGUCUGGAAGGACUGGCUCGGGGACUCCAAGUCUUCAAAGAAAGGAUAAAAGCUCCAGUAUAUAAACGAGUAAUUCCUCAGGGAGAAAUCCAGAAAUUGAUUAUCACAGAAGAGACAGCUAAAGUACGCCCUUUUGCGGUAGCUGCAGUUCUCCGGAAUAUCAAGUUCACUAAAGAUCGAUAUGACAGCUUCAUUGAACUUCAAGAGAAGCUACACCAGAACAUUUGCAGAAAAAGAGCCUUGGUCGCUAUUGGCACUCAUGACUUGGACACUUUAUCAGGCCCAUUUACCUUCACUGCGAAACGUCCUUCAGAUAUCAAAUUCAAGCCUCUUAGUAAGACCAAGGAGUAUACAGCUUGUGAACUAAUGAAUAUAUACAAGACUGACAACCACCUUAAGCAUUAUUUACAUAUCAUUGAAAAUAAGCCCCUGUACCCAGUUAUCUAUGACAGCAAUGGUGUGGUCCUCUCGAUGCCUCCAAUUAUAAAUGGGAAUCAUUCAAAAAUAACAGUAAAUACUAAGAAUAUAUUUAUUGAAUGCACAGGAACUGACCUCACUAAGGCAAAAAUCGUGCUUGACGUUAUUGUCACCAUGUUCAGUGAAUACUGUGAAAAUCAGUUUACAGUUGAAGCAGUUGAAGUAGUUUCUCCUAAUGGAAAAUCAAGUACCUUUCCAGAGCUGGCUUACAGAAAGGAGAUGGUGAGAGCUGAUUUCAUUAAUAAGAAAGUUGGAAUCAGGGAAUCUCCUGCAAACCUUGCCAAGCUCCUGACCAGGAUGUGUCUGAAGUCAGAAGUCAUAGGUGAUGGCAAUCAGAUUGAGGUUGAAAUUCCUCCCACCAGAGCGGACGUUAUCCAUGCAUGUGAUAUUGUGGAGGACGCAGCUAUUGCUUAUGGAUAUAACAACAUUCAGAUGACUCUGCCGAAAGCAUACACCAUAGCUAAUCAAGUUCCUAUCAACAAGCUCACAGAACUCCUCAGACUCGAUAUGGCGGCUGCCGGCUUCACUGAGGCACUUACCUUUGCUCUGUGCUCCCAAGAAGAUAUUGCUGAUAAACUCGGCUUGGAUAUCUCUGAAACAAAGGCAGUUCACAUAAGCAAUCCCAAAACUGCUGAGUUCCAGGUGGCGCGUACUACCCUUCUUCCUGGCCUUCUAAAGACCAUUGCAGCAAACCGGAAGAUGCCACUUCCUCUCAAACUGUUUGAAAUCUCUGACAUUGUAGUAAAAGAUUCUAGCAAAGAUGUAGGUGCGAAAAACUACAGGCAUCUCUGUGCUGUUUAUUACAACAAGAACCCUGGGUUUGAGAUCAUCCACGGGCUGCUGGACAGAAUUAUGCAGCUGCUCGAUGUGCCUCCCAGUGAGGAGAAGGGGGGCUAUGUGAUCAAAGCAUCCACAGGUUCUGCAUUCUUCCCUGGGCGGUGUGCUGAAAUCUUUGCCCGGGGUCAAAGCAUCGGGAAGCUUGGCGUCCUUCAUCCCGAUGUUAUCACCAAAUUUGAGCUGACCAUGCCCUGUUCCUCUCUAGAAAUCAAUAUAGAGCCGUUUUUGUGAAACUGGUCUCGGUUGUGCGGUUCUGCCUCUACUGUCCCUUUCCCUCCUGUGGUGUCCUUCGGCCCUCUUACAGGGAGCAUCCAUUUGUGCUUUAAUGUUUAAUAAAGUGAGAUGUGCUAGCUGGCGCCUGGAGUAGCUGCAUUAGGCCAGCUUGUGGAACAGCCAGUGUGUAUCUACGCACUGCACUGGGGGGAGGUGCCCUGGACAGGCAGGGUGAGUUCUGCAAGUGGAAGUAUUGCUUGGACAUGAGAGUCUCACUGUUACUCAUGACUCCAGUGUAGCAGGAUUCCAUGUUUUCCUUAUUAAUGAAACAAGUGAUUGAUAAAACACACAUUGUACAUGUUUAAGCCUUUUCUACACUUGACAUGUAUUAAUCAAUAAAAUCAGUACUUUAAGAAAAA